AUGGCUUUUGCUGAAGCCGAUGCCUCUAUUUCCGAUUCAAUUCCUAUUAGAACCUCGCUUAUUGACUCCAUGGUUGACCUGAAGGUAAAACUGGACCCUAUUGAAGAAAAGUAUACUUCUAUAUCUGUGGACAGCUUUGAUGCUUCGUGCAUUCUCUUUGACAAUAUUUCUAAUUUAUUCUACUCUGAAAGUAUUUUCCUUAAAUUGCCGUCUCUUACAGUUCGAUUGGUAGACUCAUCAAUCAGAGUUUUAGGAAAACUUUUCUUUUACCACAAACCAAACUCCAAAGCCCAAAUUAUUGAACAUUUAGUUCAACAAGUUAAAACUGCAUUAGCCAAUAACUUGAUGACACCUACAACAACCUCGCACAGAACAAGACUUGAAGAAGAUUCGGGUCCAAUAGAUUCUACUUUAUGCAUUUUUUCUAAUGUCGUUGCUACAAUUUAUUGCAUUUUAAGAAACUUGGAAACAAAGCCAGAAGAAAACAAGAAACAUAAGUUUUAUCCUCAAAUUCAUUCUGUGUUAAAUGCUGCUAUUGGAUUUUCAGAUCCAUUUGUACGUGCUGCAGCUGCAGAGUGCAUGUAUUCAUUUGGAAAAAUUAUUGGUGACAUUCUUUUAGAAGAUAUUGUUAAAAGAUGCACUCAAAAGAUUACGACAUCGAACGCAUCCUUAAAAUCUGGUUUGGCGCUAGCUCUUGGCUCUGUCAACAGAUCAGUAGGAACAUUGAAAAGUCGAGAACUUCUUCCUUCAACAGUCAGUUUCUUGAUUGCUCUAUCCAAAAUUACAGAAGAGGACGUGCAAAGGAGUGCUUUUCUUUCCCUUUAUCAUACAAUUGAUACAAACGGUGUUGCAUUUUCUCCUCAUGCAGAAACCAUUAUACAGAGUAUAUUCUCUCUUCUAUUCGACGCUCCUCAUUCAGCAGUCUCUAUUUUGACAGCAGCGUGUAAGAUUAUGCGGGGCCUUAUUGGAUUGGGGCCAGAAUUGCUGCAGCUAAAGACUCAACCAUUUGACAAAAUCUUUAACUAUUUCGUCAGUGAUUUGAUGACUAGUAUUCAAGUAGAUUCUGAACUUUUCAGUUCGGAUGCUUUGGUCAUUGAAUUUAUUCACCUUUUGCAGCGAGUAAUUGUAUUUACUCCCUAUUUGGUUGAAAACUUGGAAACUAUUGUUGCCUUUUUGAAGAAGUUAAUUCAUCUCAAGAAAGAAAAGAUUAUACAUUGA